CACAACAUCAGGGAAGAAAAUAACACUCGGGGGAGUUGGAACUUCCAAUGAAUUGACAGUGGGAAGCUUAGAAAGCUAAGCUCAAAAGGAGCGAGAGAAAAAAGAAGUGCACGAAAGAUGAAAAAACAUUGUGUGCUAACAAACUUGACGACUAAUAAAAUUAAAGGGAAAAGCCACGGUAGCGGGCGAUGUAAACACAGCGGGGGUAGCUCUUUCUCCCAACCAACUUCAUCACCUCGUCAUCUCCGCCCCCUCCCCUUGUCUUCCACUUUUUAGCUCUUCCAGUCGCUAUUCCCCCUCAUUUCAUUCCCCCUCUCUUUCGCACUAGCACAUUCUCCGUUCCAGUCUCUAAUCUCUCUUCAACCAAAUGGCUUCAUCUCCCUUCCUCUCCAGAAUCCCCAUCAACAACAAAACCAUUUCCUUCUCCUCCUCCCUCUCCCCUUCCUUCCCUUUCUCUCCCUCCACACUCUCCCACCGCAAAAGAAAUCCAAAUGCCUUGAGAGUCCAAGCCAAGAUCCGCGAGAUCUUCAUGCCUGCUCUCAGCUCUACCAUGACCGAGGGCAAGAUCGUCUCCUGGAUUAAAUCCGAAGGAGAUGUUCUCUCUAAAGGCGAAAGCGUCGUCGUGGUUGAAUCCGAUAAAGCCGACAUGGAUGUCGAGACCUUCUACGAUGGCAUUCUCGCCGCAAUUGUAGUUCCCGAGGGUGAAACCGCUCCAGUUGGCGCUCCAAUUGGACUUUUAGCUGAAACUGAAGAGGAAAUUGCGGAAGCCAAGGCGAAAGCUGCCUCCAAAGCUGGUGGUUCGAGUUCACCUGCUACUCCCAUUUCUCCUCCUGAUUCUUCCACUCCCGCUCCUGCAAUUCCGCAACCACCUCCUGCUCCGGCUGCACCUGAGGGACCGAGGAAGACGGUUGCCACGCCGUUUGCGAAGAAAUUGGCUAGGCAGCAUAAGGUGGAUAUUAAUAAAGUGGUUGGAACGGGGCCGUAUGGAAGGAUAACUCCUGCUGACGUGGAGGCAGCUGCGGGAAUUGCUGUAUCAAAGCCGAGUGUGAGUCCAGCUUCCCCUGCUGCCGCUGCUGCGCCAGUUAUGGCUGCAGCUAGUUCCUCGGCUCCUCCUCCGCUACCGGGGUCUAAUGUUGUGCCAUUUACUUCAAUGCAAGGGGCUGUUUCAAAGAAUAUGGUGGAGAGCCUUUCCGUUCCAACUUUUAGGGUUGGGUAUCCAAUCACAACUGAUGCUCUUGAUGCAUUAUACGAGAAGGUUAAACCGAAGGGUGUGACAAUGACUGCAUUGUUGGCAAAAGCUGCGGCGAUGGCACUUGUUCAGCACCCAGUUGUGAAUGCAAGCUGUAAAGAUGGGAAAAGCUUUACUUAUAACAGUAACAUUAACAUUGCAGUAGCUGUGGCAAUCGAUGGUGGGUUGAUAACCCCUGUUCUGCAGGAUGCAGAUAAGUUGGAUCUAUACUUAUUAUCAAAAAAAUGGAAAGAGUUGGUGGAGAAGGCCCGAGCAAAGCAGCUUCAGCCCCAGGAGUAUAAUUCAGGGACUUUCACUCUAUCCAAUUUAGGAAUGUUUGGAGUGGACAGAUUUGAUGCCAUUCUUCCUCCAGGCCAGGGGGCUAUCAUGGCUGUUGGAGCAUCAAAACCAACCGUGGUGGCUGAUAAAGAUGGAUUCUUCAGUGUGAAAAGUAAAAUGCUGGUGAAUGUGACAGCUGAUCACCGAAUCGUCUAUGGUGCUGACUUGGCUGCCUUCCUCCAGACCUUUGCUAAGAUUGUUGAGAACCCAGAAAGCCUGACAUUAUAGAUGUUCCAGAUUUUUAUAGAAAGAAUGCAGUUGACUCUGGCCCCUAUUCUUUGGUCUUUGGCGAGAUGAUGGCAUGUCUAGCGAGAAGAGCACUGGGCACAUGGAGCUGGUUUUGCACUGCCUAAGUGAUACCGUGCUUCUUGUAUUUCCUCUUACCUUGAUUUUGUAAGAGUUUCAGUACCAGGACAGAUACUGUUGAUUAUAAUUUUAAAGAUGAGAAUAACGAGCUAGUUCUUGAAUGUUUUUGACAGAA